ACCCGCCACCUUCGCGGAGGAGCCGCGCGGGACGCACGCUCGCAACCAUGACCCAGGCGCCCGCCUUCGACAAGCCCAAAGUAGAACUGCACGUCCACCUAGAUGGAGCCAUCAGGCCCGAAACCAUCUUAUACUACGGCAGGAAGAGAGGGAUCGCCCUCCCGGCCGACACAGUAGAGGAACUGCAGACUGUCAUUGGCAUGGACAAGCCGCUCACCCUGCCGGGCUUCCUGGCCAAAUUCAGCUACUACAUGCCUGCCAUCGCGGGCUGCCGGGAGGCCAUCCGAAGGGUGGCCUAUGAGUUCCUGGAGACGAAGGCCAAGGAGCGCGUGGCGUACGUGGAGGUACGCUACAGCCCGCACCUGCUGGCCAACGCCAAGGUGGAGCCCAUCUUCUGGAACCAGGCCGAAGGGGACCUCACCCCGGAUGAGGUAGUGGCCCUGGUGUGCCAGGGCUUGCAGGAGGGGGAGUCCGCCUUUGGGAUCAAGGCCCGGUCCAUCCUGUGCUGCAUGCGCGACCAGCCCCGUAAGUCAGAUGGUGGCCUGCCCUCGCUGCCCACCUGGCCCGACCCGCCCGGGCCUGGCCUGGCUGAGCCGGGUCCAUCCCCUGCACCUCACCCCGAUAUCCUCUCAAGCCUGAGAGCAGGACCUUGGGACACCUCGAAGUCACCAGAGCUUCCUAGGCAGAAUCAGAACUCCCUACCCGCGUGCUUCUCCCCUGCCAGCAUGCUUCUCCCCUGCCAGCAUGCUUCUCCCCAGGGAGCCUGGGCCACAGUCACGAGCAGUGAGCAGCACAGCCAGGGGCCAGCCCGACUGCAGGGCCCACUGCGCGGGGCUGGUGUGCAUUUUCCCUGCCCUCGCAGCGGCCCGGGGGAGAGGUACCCGGCGAGGAAGCUGAGGCCGAGAGCUGUGAAGCCUCUCGCCCCUCAGUCGGGGAGGCCCAGGCCCUGGCUGGAAUCUAGGUCCCAACGUCUUGCUCAUUCACGUUUCCUAAGCUCUAACGACAUCACUGGCUACGGCUACGAGGUCCCCGCACUCGCCCUGGGGGGAGACGAGACCAUCGAGGGAAGCAGCCUCUUCCCGGGACACGUGAGGGCCUACGAGGAGGCCGUGAGGAGCGGCGUCCACCGCACUGUGCAUGCCGGGGAGGUGGGCUCCGCAGAGGUGGUGCGAGAGGCCGUGGACAAACUCAGGACGGAGAGGGUGGGGCAUGGCUACCACACCCUGGAAGAUGAGGCCCUUUACCAGAGGCUGCGGCAGGCGGACAUGCACUUCGAGGUGUGCCCCUGGUCCAGCUACCUCACAGGCGCCUGGAAGCCAGAAACGGAGCAUGCAGUCAUUCGGUUCAAAAAUGACAAGGCUAACUACUCGCUGAACACAGACGACCCGCUCAUCUUCAAGUCCACGCUGGACACCGAUUACCAGAUGACCAAACGGGACAUGGGCUUCACCGAAGAGGAGUUUAAGAGACUGAACAUCAACGCAGCCAAGUCCAGUUUUCUCCCUGAAGAUGAGAAGCAGGAGCUUCUCAACCUGCUCCACAAAGCCUAUGGGAUGCCGUGUUCCGCCUCUGCAGCAGGGCAGCACCCCUGAGACGCCGCCAGAGCUGCGAGUGCUUGCCCUGAGGAUCGAGUUUUCGCCGCUGUGGAGUCACGCAACACUCUGACCUUUAUCCCUUCAGGAAGACUGUGAUUUCAACAGCCUCUGAUGCUCUUGAAGCCCGGGUGCCUGUCCCUGUACACACACCCGGCAGGCCACCUCUCCCCGGACCGCCACUCCUGCUGAGAACCUGGUGCUCAAUAAAGCAGCCCAUGGCUGGUGUGU